UCGCGACCCCUCGGCUCCCUCGGCCCCACAACAACAACAUCAAGGAUGGCUCUCCCCCUGGGCUCGUGCCUCGUCCACACGCGAGCGAUUUCGACCUCUGCCGCCGCUUAUGGCAAGAAGAACUUUAGGAAGUUUCUUAUGUAUGGCAAGAGAGGGACAAGGCAGUUCAAGGAGCAAGUGAAAAGCGAUCCUACUUCGGAGUUUCAUCAGUUAUUUAGUCGUGGUGUGAGGCCAAUUGGUGAACUUGUAGGGAAGAAGUACGAAGUGAUUCCUGAAAUGAUUCCACAGCUUAUUGUACCUGACUUAGAAGGAUUUAAGCUGAAACCCUACGUAUCCUAUCGUGUGCCAGAUGUUGUCCAAGGGGAAUUCCGUCCCCAAGACCUUUUCCACGCAGUGUAUAGCCAGAAGAUCGCAGAGGACUUCAAGGCUGGCAAGCUUGAUGAGGAAGGCAGACCCCAAGAGCCAUCGGAGGAGGAACAGCUGACUCCAGAGGUUGCGAAGGCGAAGGCACUGAUGAUCGGAUCAGACAGGUUCUGAGCAGUCGAUGUGAGGGAGCUAGGGCUAUUGCAAGGAAUGGCUUUAGCUUGGUAACUUCAUUUGUAUAUAAAGAGGAUUGUAUUGUGUAAGAAAGUUUAAAUUAUUAAAUAAAUGUGUCAGUCUGGCAUCAUCACAUUU